CCUCCCUGAAUCAAAAGACAAACGGAACAAAAAACACAUGAUAGAACAAAAAUAAAAAUGGCGGACAACCACAUGGCCGAGGAUAAUUCACCAACGGUUAAACAAAAGGCUGGACCCACGAUUCUUGACUCUUUUGAUAAGCUCGCUGGACCCAAGGAAAAUCAAAGGAUCGAAGGCGCCAUCGUAUUGCUUAGACAUUUACUUCAACGAGAUUCGGAUGAAACGGAUGACAAAGAAUUGCAGUAUGCACUGACCAGAUUAGUGCGAGGAAUGGGAACUUCGAGGGCAGAUGCCAGGAGCGGUUUUUUCACCGCUUUGACUACUUUUCUCUCCAUGAACUCUGAGAUCGAAGUUGGCAGAAUUCUUGAGCUUAUCAACUCUAAUCUGCACACUGUAGAAAAGAGCGAACAAACUGAUAUUUGGACAGGACAGAUUCUCGUAUGCGGAGCACUUAUUCACUCUAAAAUUUUGCUGACCGCCUCAUUGGAGGAACAGCAGCAAGUAAUAGAGCUGCUUUUGUCUGCUGGUCAAAAGCGAAGCUAUUUACCAUUCGCUGCCUACUCUUUUAUUAUCGAUUUAAUCGAGCAGUUGGACGAAAAAGAUUUCAAAACUAUAGUCUGGCCCAUACUUGAGAAGGAAUUAUCGAAACCUUGGGAUAAACAAACACUCGACACCUUUCACGUGCUAUUGGUAAUUAGCAAAAGGUAUCCAAGUAUUAUCCGUCAGACGUCAUUAAAACAAUAUCUCAACAGCAAAGAAAUUAUUGACAAUAAUUCAGUAACUCCGAUAGCAGCAUUGUUGAUGGAUAUACAGAUGCUUGUUUGUUUGCAAAAUCCUGUAUACAAAUUAUUCUGCGAGAGAUUGACUUCAACUGAACAUGUUUCAAAUUUUUGGGAUAAUAUUGAUGAGUAUUUAGCCAAACCCACAAGAAAUAAGAUGCUCAUUGCUAUUGAAAUAGCUACAUUUAUAAUCUCGAACAUAAAAGAUGCCACAGUGAUACCCUCAUUAAUUACCCCGAAUUUCCUACAAAACGUGCUGAAAACAGUCGAAAUUAAUAGAAAAAAACCGAAGGACGAGGUGGUCGUAAAAUUCAGAAAGUUACUCGAACUUUUGGUCCUCGUGAUGAAACGCAACGAUAUUCAGUCCGAAACUCGAAUUGCAUUACUCGAAAAGCUGCUGUUGUAUCCUGGCGAUCUAUUAAUUGAAAAGAAAACCAGCACCAAAGUAAUACAAAUGUUGACAAUGAACUUGAAUUCCGAAGGUGUAAAAAAAUUAUCCGAAAUAUACAAAGAUAUCACUGUAGCUUGCAAACCUAAGGAAAAGGCGGAUUUUCCUGUGUGCUGGAUUAACAAGGAAAGAAUAUACGCCGCUCAAAUGAUGACGAGGUUGAUGGAUCAUUCCGCGAUGAACGCAGAACAUGAAUGGAAAUUGGAACAGUUGAAGUUGCUAUUCCAAUUGGGACUCUGCCAAACACCGACAGUCGGCAUGGAGCUUGCAGCAUCAUUGAAAGAAAGUUUCUACAGAGCUUUAGAUCUGAAAUUGGCAAAGCUGAACGAUUUGAGAAGUAUAUUGAGCUCGUUGGUUCAUUAUAUCGAUUCUAAACUGUUUUCAAAGAAGAAAUUGGAGCUACGAAUGCCGCUCACAGAAGCUGCGACAAAUGUUUGGACAGAAAUGAUAGCUAUGAUAAAAAAAUUGGAAAACAAUCGCAAAAUUAAACAAGCUGUGCCUAUUUUUCACACCAUGGAACUGCACAUGGGCUUGCAAUUAUUUUCUGAACCAGAAAUGGCAAUUGACUCCAUACAAGAGUUACACAGCUGCUUUGAAAGGAUAGAACCCAAAAAGAAAAAUAAACCAGAAGAAGAACCAGAAUGGGUCGAAGUUGUCAUCGAUCUUAUGCUAUCUCUGCUUUCUAGAAGCAGUCAUCUGCUGCGUUCAUUAGUUGGAUGUGUUUUCCCACAUAUAUGUCCAAUGCUUACGGCGUCCUCGAUUCAUCAAAUAUUAGAUAUACUUGAUCCGAAAAAUAACACAAACCCACUGUCUUCGAAAAAAGAUGAUGAUUCGUCAAGUGAUGAAUCUAGCGAAGAUGAGGACACUGUGGAGAAUGGAGAUGUGGAGGAAGAAGAGGAUCAAGACAAAGACAGCAUUGAAACAGGUGAAGAGGAGAACAGCGAUUCAGACUCAGAAAACUAUUCUGAAGAAGAAGAAGACGAAGAUGAUACAGUGAAUGAUAAACUACGAAUGGCUGUGCAACAGGCAUUGGGUAAUGCGAUGGCAGAAACCGACGACGAUGAUAUUGAUGUUGAUCAAAUAAACGAAGAGGAAGGCCAACAGCUUGACAGCGCGUUGGCAAAUGCGUUCAAACUUUUGCGAGAAAGUCGUCAAAACAAGAAAAAGAAACAAGGGAAAAAUGCCCAAGCCUUGACUCACUUCAGAGUCAGAGUUGUCGAUCUAUUGGAAAUCUAUUUGGACUCCAAUCCGUCGAUGGCUCUCGCUCUCAACAUUCUUCUUCCACUGGUAGCUCUUCUAGAAUUUUCAAUCAAGGACCAACAUCAGAAGCCGCUGCAACACAGAGUCAGAUCUUGUCUUAAACGGCUAUCCAAUGUAAAGAAAUUUUCCAGUAUAAAUGACGUAACAAGUGAUUUGUUGGCAGACAUUCUGAGAGCCCUGAUUGACAAGGGUUCAAGAUCAGCUCCCGUGUAUCACGAGAUGGGCGACAAGUUAACAGAAUGCUGUACAUUUUUAGUUAGAUGUUCUCAGCAAAUCGACGAUAAAGACAAUCAAAUACAGGAUAUUUACACAGAAAUUUUAAGAACUUUCUUCAAAAAACGGGACUGUGUUCUUCCCCUUAUGCUGUUUAAAUCUGUGUUAAAUCUACAUUGGAUUGGGAAUUGGCAGCUGGCUCCUUUGCUCAUUGAGUUUGCAUUCGACAACGAAAUCAGGCCGUUCAGACGCAACCAGGCUUUGGAAUUGUUAGACAUAUUUUAUCAUAAUAAUAGGCUUAUUCAGACCGACACAAGUCAUGCGAAAAUACGCAAGGCGAUGGAAACAAAUAUCAGCCACAAAAGUGUUGAAUUGCUGGAAGAACUUGGACAGAACAAAAAUACUGAAGCCACACAUGGUGUAAAACAGAAGUUCGUCUGCCUACUUUUCACCUUAUUGCAUACCAUAAAACACCAACAUCAAUCUAGCUUUUGCGAUUGGGAAGCUAUCGGAACUAGGAUGGCUAUCUACAGGUCCAAAUCCUCAUUAGCUAAGGACGCUAAAAGAGCGUACAAUCGGCUUGCCAAUCAACUAGGUGUUGAAAUCAAUACCGUGCAAAACCAAAAGAAACGGGAAAAAAUAGACAAUUGUGAACACGUGGAAAGUAAUGGGCACAGUAUUGAAACUGGAUCAACAGAUAAUGACGAGUCUAGUGAAGAUUCUAAGGAGAGAAAUAAACAGACAAAGAAGCAGAAGAAGAAGAAACAGAAGAAUAAAAGUAAACAGAAAGAUAAGCAGCAGUUAAAAAAAGUUACGCGUGAACUGCGACUGAAAGCUAUGUCGGACGGAUUGGAUUCAAUUGAUUUUAGUACAGUACCUAUAAAUUAUAUCAAUGAUGUAGACAUGGAAAUUACCGCGGAUGGUGAAUCGUCACGAAACGGCGAAGUAUUUACGAAAAAAACGUUGCAAAAUAGUGCAGAAUUACAAUCUGGGAAAAGAGUUUCACCUAAGAAAAGGUUGGCUUCAGAAUCACAGAAUGUACCCUUCAAAACUAGUAAAAAAAAAAAAUGAGGACAUCUCUAAAUAGAUGAAAUAAAUAUUGAUAUUUUUUUAUACAAUUAAGAGUUACGCCACACGCAUAAGUCUUGUGCUGAAUUUAAUUUAUCACACUGAACGCGCUUGAGGUAAUCAUUUACGGGCCUCAUGAAAUACAUCUUUAUCACGUUGAACCUGUAUAAACGUUCAAGCCGAGUAAUAAUAAUAGGCGUACAUUUUUCCUGAUGUUGUACAUUUUUAUGUAUUGUUUAAAAAUAUACAGUAUAAUUAA